AUGAAAAUCCCAUACGAAGCCUUAUCCUACACGUGGGGUGGCACCGAGAGAACCGAAACCAUCAUCGCCAACGGGAGGUCCUUGGAGGCAACCAAUGACCUCUACCUCGCUCUGACUUCCCUACGCCAGGAAGAUACGGAUAGGAUCCUGUGGAUGAAAGCCAUCUGCAUUGACCAGGAAAAUGCAAGAGAACGGACUCACCAAGUUAGACAGAUGGCCAGGAUUUAUGAAAGUACCGAUACAGUGAUCCUAUGGCUGGGGCAGGCAACAUACACAAUAAAUGUGGCACUGGAUUCAUUGAGGCAGUUGGAAGAUGAGAUCGGUGUCUGCCCGUGUAUCGCUCUGUCCCCACAUCUCUUCGCCGUCAAGCCAUCAGACCAUGCUCAGGCUAUCUUAGACAUCAUGCCCGGUCGAUCAAGAGACGAAUCAUGGUGGGUUCAAAAGCUCGAUCUUUACAAACUUCUUCGCAAAUUUCGCUGUAGCAAGGCUACCGACCCGUGGGACAAGGUAUAUACCAUUAUCCGAACCGCGUCUGACUCCGAGCUGGAAGAAGUCCUGUCCCUUCCUGGCGCGUCGGAAGGAUACUCGAAUGCUAUGGUCGAUGACCAGUCCAUGACCGGGUUCCUCAAGACCAUUGACUCACUGUGUGCGGCAGCCAUGGACCAGCACCUUCGUGUUUAUCGCGGCAACGGAACAACGUCCUUCUACGUCUAA